AGGGGGAGGGGUAAGUCCGUCACUAGACUUUCCGAGUUCUCUCUUUGUCAGCCGUAGAUGUCCUUUAGUUCUUGGAAGUGUUCAACAGUUAUCCAAUUAAAGGGUUAUCUCUCCUUUUAGUUGCCUAGUCUGUAGGGCUUUAGGACUUCUGCCGUCAUCAACAGUCAAUCCCAACUUGGAGCUGCAACACUCCUCACUUCUCAUACUGAAACUGCUGCUACUGCUGGACUUCUGGAUUUGACACACCAUUUCCACAUUUCAUUCAGAUAGAGGUCCUCUGAGGAGUUAUGGGUGCCCACGGAUCCAGCCUGGAUGAAGUCUUGGCUGAGGACAUGCACCACUGGUACAACAAAUUCAUGAGGGAAUCGCCUUCAGGUCUCAUCACGCUCUUUGAACUCAAGACCAUGUUACAGAUGCAGGGGAUGACUGAGGAAGCCAGCAGCUAUGUGGACCAGGUCUUCUUCACCUUCGACAUGGAUGGGGAUGGCUAUAUAGAUUUUGUAGAAUACAUCGCAGCUGUGAGUCUUCUACUGAAAGGAGAGAUAAACCAGAAACUGAAGUGGUACUUCAAACUCUUUGAUCAAGAUGGAAACGGCAAGAUUGACAGAGAUGAAAUGGAGACCAUAUUCAAAGCCAUUCAAGACAUUACCCGGAGUUAUGAAAUCCCUCCAGAUGAUAUUGUGACUCUGAUCUAUGAGAGGAUUGAUGUUAACAAUGAAGGUGAGUUGACGCUGGAGGAGUUCAUCACAGGGGCUAAAGAACAUCCUGAUAUCAUGGAGAUGCUCACCAAGAUGAUGGACCUCACACAUGUCCUGGAGAUCAUAGUCAAUGGGCAGAAAAAGAAGGAGUGACUGCCAAUGUAUGAUGCAUUGGACAAAAAAAGGAUCCCCUCUUAAUUGAAGAUGAUCAACUCUGUGGCUGGAAUGCGUAAAACAGACUCAAUAGAGGGUGGAACCUUCUAGCAGCAUCUCAGAGAGGUGGACAUGAGUGAUCAUCAUCUGUGAUUGUGUCUUUCAAACACUUUCUCUCUGUCUCUGUGCCUCAGAUAUCUAGUUAGCGGAGCUCUCUUUCCCCUCUACUUUUAACUGCAUCACCUCUGCAAGUCUAAAAAUGUAAUUCUUGCAGGAAGAAAUGACGCAAGAGGAGAUGAAUUCAUGGUUUAAAGUUAGGGUAGGCAAUGUUUUUCAUAAACACUUUGAAACUCUCUUCACAUCCUAAUAGCAAUCAAUAAUAGAAGUGGUCUAAAUAUCAAAACAUUUACAUAUAUAUUUUCUGUGCAAGUUUCAGGACCAAAAAAUGUUCUUCCAAUCAUUGCAUUCGGUCCGAAAACAAAAAGACUUUAUGCUGCGUUCACGCCAUGUCAUAAUUACCAUAAUUAAGAGAUGGCAAUGUGUGGCGCUCUACUUGGAGCUGCUCACCCUGAAAUUAAUUUGCAGCAGUCAGGUGGUGUAAGUCAGAGCUCUUUAAGUUUUUCUCGUUCAUUAUUAUUGUAACGUUAAAGAUAGCACAAGCACGCUUUCAAGCAAAACAUUUCACAAAUAGAAAUUUGAAAGGUUUUAAAUUGAACAUAAUACAUAAAACAAUAGAUAUACUGUUCAAAAUGAAGACUAAAAAUACCUUCUGGUUGUCUAAUGUGAGUGAGUGUCAGUCAACUUGGGCAUUAAGAAAAGUGAAGUUGGAAAAACAGGGCUUGAAGCCCAAGUUUACCACUUUGAUAUUUUCUAUCUAAUGGAAUAAACAUUCAGAUGUUUUAAGAUUUAAGACUUAUAAGUGUCCAAAUACUGUUUUGGGGACACUGUGUAUGAAGGGGCCAGUAUUAUAAAUAAUUGUACAGUUUUUCUAUUGAUGUAUGUAAUCUUAAUUCUGAUUUUUGAGAUUUUGUGCUGAAUUGUAUAGACAACUCUGCAAUUCUAACCAUUGCCUUAUAAAUAAAUGC